AUGGCAACAACUCCCAGUUCAGUGGCUUUCAAGGCCCUUCUGAAUGGAGUGACAAGCUGGGAUGUCCCUGAAGAUCCCAUCCCGUGUGAACUCCUUCUCAUUGGAGAGGCUGCUUUCCCAGUGAUGCUGAAUAAGAAGGGCCAGGUCCUCAUCGCUGCGUCCUCCUAUGGCCGAGGCCGCCUGGUGGUGGUGUCCCAUGAGGGCUACCUGCUGGAUGCCGGCUUAGCUCCAUUUCUCCUCAACGCAGUGAACUGGCUCCGUCCCUCUCUUGGGGCUCCUGUGAGAGUGCACACCUCCCUAGAACCACUAGUUACCAUCCUGCGGGGUUCUGGGAUUGAGGCACAGGUUCAGCCAGAUCCAGGAGACCCCCAAGGGGUUUUCUGCAUCAAUGCCUACAAUGAAACCCUGACUGCAGAACUGGUCCAGUUUGUGAAACGUGGUGGGGGCUUGCUCAUUGGAGGUCAGGCCUGGUACUGGGCCAGUCAGCACGGUUGUGACAAGGUGCUAUCCAGGUUCCCUGGGAACCUGGUGACCAGUGUGGCCGGAGUGUACUUCACCGACACCUAUGGGGACAAAGGCGCAUUCAAAGUUUCUAAGAAGGUGCCCAAGAUCCCACUCCAGGUCAGGUGUGGGGAGGACCUCAGGCAGGACCAGCACCAGCUUCUGGAAGGGAUCUCAGAGCUGGACAUCGAGACAGGAGGAAUCCCCUCGCAGCUGCUGGUGCACGGGUCCCUAGCCUUCCCUCUGGGGUUAGAUGCCUCACUCGGCUGCUUCCUGGCCGCUGCCCGCUAUGGCCAGGGCCGGGUGGUCCUGGCUGCCCAUGAGGGCAUGCUCUGUGCUCCCAAGAUGGGGCCCUUUUUGCUCAAUGCUAUAUGCUGGCUGUCCAGAGGCCAGAAAGGCAAAAUUGGGGUGAACACAAGUCUACAAAACCUGUGUGCCCUACUGUCAGAGCAUGGCCUGGAAUGCAGUCUGGAGCCCCAUCUGACAAGUGGCUUGGCUGUCUACUGCUGUACGGCUUACAGUGACAGUCAGGCUAAGCAGCUACAGGAGUUUGUGGCUGAGGGAGGGGGCUUGCUGAUUGGGGGCCAGGCCUGGUGGUGGGCCUCCCAGAACCCAGGGCACUCCACGUUAGCUGGUUUCCCUGGUAACAUCAUCCUUAACUGCUUCGGCCUUAGCAUCCUACCUCAGUCUCUCAACCCAGGGUGCUUCCCCGUCCCCACCCCCCAGAUGCGGAAGUACCACUUCCGCAAGGCCCUAUCGGAAUUCCAGGCUGCCCUGAACCAGAAGAGUAGGAACUUGGAAAAGAGCUGGCUGGCAAAACUGCGAGGUGAUGGGGCCGCCUUCCUGCAGAUCCCUGCUGAGGGGGUCCCUGCGUACAUGUCUAUGCACCGAGUUAUAAGGAAGAUGCUGCAGUUUUUCGGCCUCCCAGCUGUGAGCCGGAAAAACCCAGUGGCCAGUGAUUCCCUUGAGGCUGCAGUGCUCUGCCUAGCUACUGAGUUGGUACAUUCUGGGACUGACUGUUCCAAGCUGAUGCAGUGUUGGGGAAUCAGGACCUGCCACUCCAGCUUGGACCCUUCAGUUCACCCCAUUACUGUGGACAUCGAUGGAAACAACCCAGGCAACGGUGAGUGCUGGGUGAGUACUGGACUCUACGUCCUAAAUGGACAAAAUGCAGAAGUCUCGCUGUCUGAAGUUGUGGCCUCUACCGGCCUGAAGGUACAGAUUGGCUGCCACACCGAUGACUUGAACAAUGCCAGCAAGCUGUCUCGAGCCCCUAUGGUGUCUCACCGAUGGUGUAUGAACAAGACCAAAAAGUCAGUCUCUUGCCUCUGGGGUGGCCUUUUAUAUGUCAUCGUGCCCAAAGGCAGUAAACUGGGACCCAUGUCCUUCACUAUUAAGAGUGCUGUGCCUGCCCCAUACUACAAGCUGGGUAAGACAUCCCAGAAGGAGUGGAGGAGCUGUAUUCAGGAGAGCUUGGCUCCCUGGGGAGAGCUGGCAACAGACAACAUCAUCUUGACGGUGCCAACUGAAAACCUCCGGACCCUGGAGGACCCUGAGCCUGUGCUCCGCCUCUGGGAUAAGAUGAUGCAGGCUAUAGCCAGACUGGCAGCUCAGCCUUUCCCAUUCCACCGUCCAGAGAGGAUUGUUGCUGAUGUGCAAAUCUCAGCGGGCUGGAUGCAUUCAGGGUACCCAAUCAUGUGCCACCUGGAGUCGGUACAGGAGCUCAUCAAUGAGACCAACAUGAGAAGCAGCGGUCUGUGGGGACCCAUCCAUGAGCUGGGCCACAACCAGCAGCGGCAUGGGUGGGAGUUCCCCCCGCACACCACUGAGGCCACUUGCAACCUCUGGUCAGUCUAUGUGCACGAGACAGUCCUGGGCAUCCCCAGGGCUCAGGCCCACCCUGCUCUGAGGCCUCCAGAAAGAGAGAAGAGGAUCAAAGAGCACCUGAGCAAGGGAGCCCCCCUGUGUAACUGGAAUGUGUGGACUGCUCUGGAAACAUACCUACAGCUCCAGGAGGUCUUUGGAUGGGAGCCAUUCACCCAACUCUUUGCUGAGUACCAGACCCUUCCCAGUAUCCCCAAAGACAACGCUGGCAAGAUGAAUCUGUGGGUGAGGAAGUUCUCUGAAAAAGUGCAAAAGAAUCUAGCUCCAUUCUUUCAGACCUGGGGCUGGCCCAUCAAGAAGGAAGUGGCUGAGAGCCUGGCUUGUCUGCCAUCGUGGGAAGAAAACCCCCUGCGAGUUCACAUCCAGGAAUAA